AUGACGGCGCAGACUGCCGAGGAGCUCGCCGCCCAGAUCGAGCAGGAGCAGCUCGAGGCGAAGAAAACAGAGCAGGCAGAGGAGGUUGUGGUUGAGGAUGAUGAUGAUGAUGAUGACGACGACGACGACGACGAUGAUGAUGAUGACAAUGAUGAUUUGGAUGGGCAAGAAGGUGAUGCCAGUGGCAAAUCAAAACAAAGCAGGAGUGAGAAGAAGAGCCGCAAGGCAAUGCUGAAGCUUGGCAUGAAAUCCAUCACUGGUGUAAGCCGUGUCACUGUGAAGAAAAGCAAGAAUAUAUUGUUCGUCAUCUCAAAGCCAGAUGUGUUCAAGAGCCCAAAUUCAGAUACGUAUGUUAUUUUCGGUGAAGCCAAGAUUGAGGAUCUCAGCUCCCAGCUGCAGAGCCAGGCUGCAGAACAAUUCAAGGCUCCUGACCUGAGUCAAAUGAUCUCAAGUCCUGAGGCGUCGGGCGUGGAGCAUGAUGACAACGAGGUUGUCAACGAUGAGGGAGUCGAGCCAAAGGACAUCGAGCUGGUGAUGACACAGGCGGGCGUCUCAAGGGCCAAGGCUGUCAGGGCUCUCAAGUCUGCCAAUGGAGACAUUGUCACUGCCAUUAUGGAGGUCACAACUUAA